AUGUCAGAAAAGCAAGAGACACUCAUCACAAACACUGACCAACUCGUCGAAGAUUCAACCAUCUCGGGAAAAGGAGCGUUUGUCGUUCACUUUCGUAUCCAACAGCGUGGUAAGAGAAAAUGUCUGACAACGAUCAGUGGACUUCCUGAAAGGUACGACAUGGAACUUAUUUUGAAACAUUUCAAACACACAUUCAGUUGCAACGGAUCGCUCGAAAAGAAGGAGACAGGAACUGAGAUGAAGCUGACAGGAGACCAGAGAAAAGCAGCGUCGAACUUCUUUAUCACAGAAGGGAUUUUGACACAAGAGAACAUCAAAAUUCACGGAUUUUAA